AGUAAUAAUAUAUAUAUCCAAUUUAUAAUUUUUCCCCAAAAAACUUUUAUAAUUUCCUUUUGUUUCAACUUGAGUUGAACAAAAUCUCCAUUGACCGGCGAAUCUCCCGGCGAUCUCUUUCUCCGGCGAAAUCGAAUUUCAGAAAUCGCAGGUAAGAAUGGCAGAGCAGAAGAAGCAGAAAGUGGGAUCUAAAAAAGUGAAUCAGCUUCGUCCGUUAGAUUUUGGGGUUAAUAUAACUGUGAAGGUGAUUAGUAAGAAGCUAAUUGCACAGAGAAAUCGUAUUGCUGAAUGUUUGGUUGGUGAUGAAACUGGAAUUAUUAUCUUUACUGCCCGCAAUGAUCAAGUGGAUUUAAUUCAAGACGGUUCAACACUAGUGCUGACAAAAGCUAAAGUUGACAUGUUCAAAGGAUCGAUGAGACUUGCUGUUGACAGAUUUGGACGUAUUGAAAUUGGUGCACCAGCCAGUUUCUCAGUGGAGCAAGAUAUUAACAUGUCCUUGAUUGAGUUUGAACGUGUAGACGUUGUUGUGUAAGCAACCAUUUUCCUCAAAAAGGUAACAAAAGCUUUGAAUACAAAGCUUAAUUCUAUCUCUUAGGUACUUUUCCCUUGCAUUUCUGGAAGAGAAAGACUAAGACACUUAUUCCCAAAGUAAAACUUUUUUGUAGUAUUGAAGAGGAACAAGCUAUUAAUUCCUGUUUACUUAUUAAUGUGUUGGAUAAUCCAUGACUUAAGAACUUACAAAAAGUGUUCUAUAGAUAUGUUUUGUUGGAUAA